AUGCAGGUUCCAAGGCAGCCUGCUUCGGUGCAGAAGAUUCCAGCGCAGCAGCUUCCGGUACAGUCCACUCCGUGGCAACCUUAUAAGGUACAACGAUCUCCAGUGCAGUAUCCACAUGUGCAGCAACCACCAGCGCAGUAUCCACAGGUGCAGCGUCAUCCGAUGAUGCAGUAUUCAGUUCAGGAUUUACCUAUACGACAAUCCCAUAUACAGCAACCUCCGAUGCAGCAGCAUCCACUGUACUAUCUUCCUAUACAGCAGCCCCCAGCGCAGUACCCGCAAACGCAGCAGUCGACGAUCCAGCCUCAAGCACAAUUUGCACCGAUGCAGCAGUCAACGUAUCAGUCUCCUUUACAGCCGCUUCAAGCGCAAACUCCACCGACGCAGCAUCUUCUGAUGCAGCAGCCUUCGACUAAUAAUCCUCCGAGCUCUUGGGAAGAACCACCACCAGAUUGGAACCAGGACGAGGGAGAGUCGAUACCUACUCCACGACAACUUACAUCACGUCAAUCUUUGGCGCGCGAUCUUCCGACGUUCUCAGGCGAUCCAGCCGAAUGGUCGAUAUUUAUCUCCAAUUUUGAGUAUACGACGACGACAUGCGGUUACACUCACGGGAAGAUCAUGGUUCGGCUCCAAAGAUGCCUGAGAGGCCGUGCACUGGAGAGCGUUCGAAGUCGUCUUGUAUUUCCGGCAGCAGUACCGCAGGUGAUAGAGACUCUACGCAUGAGAUAUGGGCGACCAGAGUUGCUUAUCAACGCUUUGCUGCAGAAAGUUAGAGCUAUGCCCGCCCCUCGAGGAGAUAAGCUGGAGGCUCUUAUCGAAUACAGGAUGGUCGUUCAAGACCUGUGCGAUCAUAUUCAAGUAGCUAACGAGAGAGCGCAUUUGGCGAAUCCUACCCUACUACAGGAACUCGUCGGAAAGUUGCCUGCGGAUCAGAAAUUGAUGUGGGCCGGCUACAAGCGAGGACGUGCUGUAGUUGAUUUGAAAACCUUCAGUGACUAUAUGACUGGGGUGAUGCAACACGCUUCAAGCGUAGUGCUGUAUGAAUCGGACCCACGAAAGAACACCGCAAGAGAUAAAUCGAAAGUGUACGUCAAUUCACAUAAGGCCGACGAGACAGCCACUACAACGACAACCCAGCUUAAGACCAGUAGGUGUUUACAUUGCGAGAAAGAAGGUCACAAGCUUCGCGAGUGCCAAGCGUUUAGAGCGCUCUCAAUCGAUGAUCGAUGGCGACGGAUUAGGGCACUAACCUUGUGCCAAAUUUGUCUGUAUGGACACGGCAGAAGAGCAUGCCGUUUUAGCAGCAAGUGCAACGUAAACGGUUGUCAGUUCAAACACCAUCCAUUGUUGCACGGGAAAGCAACGACACCAGUAACGCAAUUAGCGAAUAUCAAUACCCAUCGGCCCCAGGAUUCCGGUGUUUUGUUCCGGAUCUUACCCGUGACGUUGUACGGGAAGUCGGGCCAGGUCAACACCUUCGCUUUUUUGGACGAGGGGUCAUCAUUAACCCUGGUCGAGGGCGGUCUGGUAGCGCAGCUUGGCAUAGCAGGAGACUCGCAACCACUUUGUCUGAGGUGGACCGGGAAUACGUCAAGAGUAGAGAAGAAUUCAAAGACGGUGACGAUUACUGUUUCGGGAUUGGAACCACAGCGUCGUUACCAAUUAGUGAAUGCCCGCACGGUACAGAAUUUGGACUUACCGAUGCAAUCCUUCGAUGUAGAGAGGGCAACAAAGAGGUUUGCUCACCUGAGGCAGUUGCCGAUUCAAAGCUACCAUAACGCUAGACCAGCAAUUCUGAUCGGGUUAGACAACCUGAAGCUGGCAGUGCCGUUGAAGACGAGAGAGGGAGAUGGAUCCAGACCGAUCGCUGUCAAAACGCGAUUAGGAUGGUGUGUCUACGGACGUCAAGGUUCACAGGUCAACGAAGGAUUCAGCUUCCAUAUCUGCGGCUGCAACAGGGACGACGAGCUACACGAAGCUGUUAAACAGUUCUUUGCUGUGGAGGAGAGUGGAGUAAGGCAGCUUGGGGACUGUCUCAGCGCGGAAGAACAGCGAGCUCAAGAAAUGCUGGAAAAAAAGACGAAGCGUAUCGGCCGACACUACGAAACAGGUUUACUGUGGACGGAAGAAGAAAUAGAAUUACCUGACAGCUACGGUAUGGCAUUGCAAAGGCAUCAGUGUCUACAACGAAGGAUGGACCGCAACCUAGCUCUACGUGAGAAUAUCAGUCGUCAAAUAAAAGAGUACGUAGAAAAGGGUUAUGCACAUAGAGCGACGCCGGCCGAAUUGGAGAAUGCGAACCCCAGGAAAGCUUGGUUUUUACCAUUGGGAGCAGUUACGAACCCAAACAAACCUGGAAAGGUGCGACUCAUCUGGGAUGCAGCGGCGAAGGCCUCCGGUGUAUCACUGAACAGUGUACUGCUGAAAGGACCGGACCAGCUUACCCUCUUACCCACUGUACUUUUCCGCUUUCGUCUGUACUAUAUUGCUGUUAGUGCAGACAUAGAACAAAUGUUCCACCAAUUGGGUAUAAUACAGGAUGACAAAAACUCAUUACGCUUUCUGUGGAGCGAUACUGCGGAUGGGCCGGUCCAAAUCUACCUGAAGGACGUUGCGACGUUCGGUGCUACGUGCUCACCUGCUUCGGCGCAGUACGUCAAAAACGAGAAUGCCCAGGAACACAUCAAGCAAUACCCAAGAGCUGUCGAAGGAAUUUUAAAGAGCCACUAUGUCGACGAUUACCUCGAUAGUUUCGGCACCGAAACGCAAGCGGUGAAGGUUUCGGCAGAAGUACGGCUGAUUCAUCACAACGGAGGAUUCCAUCUACGAAACUGGAGAUCAAACAGUGAAAGGGUCCUAACGGAACUCGGAAAACCAGCGGUAAUAGACAGCAAGAACCUUAACCUAGAUUGCGGCGAACAGGUGGAUCGCGUGCUUGGAAUGCUGUGGACCUCAAGCUCUUCUCCACCCGUAUGA